AUGACUCUAUCCGAGAGGCAAAACGCAGCUAUAAUCUUAGAGAACACAACCGCUAAACCAUUCGUGUACUGUAGAUACUUUUUCAAGUGUUUCUUUUGCCACGAACAGUUUUCAGAAAUCCAAACUGUUUUAAGACAUAGUGCUGUUCACGAUAUACCAGAUCAUAGCAAUAUAUUGAAAGAUUUAUUACCCAAAGGAAAAAGGACGGUCAAGGUGGACAUAUCUGAACUGAAAUGUAGAAUUUGCAAGAAGGACUUUCGAGAAAUGAAUGAUAUACGUGAACAUCUUAUUACGGAACACAAUAAAACAUUCACGAAAUCAGGGAACGGUAUUGUCGCUUACAAUCUUACUGUCAAAAAUGGACAGUUCUCGUGUCAUAUUUGCGACAAGAUUUUCCAGACAUUCAUUCUUCUAAAUAGGCAUAUGAACGUACAUUUUAAUAAUGCUGUAUGCGAGACUUGCGGUGCUGGUUUCAUGACGCAUCAACGACUGAUUCAGCACAAGGAAAUCCACCUGCCCGGAGGUUAUCCUUGCAAUAAAUGCGACAAAGUGUACACAACCAAUUCCAAUCUUAAAUAUCAUAUGGAGAAAGUUCACGAAGGCGCAACGAAGAUGAGGAUGCUGCGUUGCGCACACUGUCCCGAGCGAUUUUCAGAGCAUUUCAGGAAGCUGAAACAUUUGAAAGAAGUCCAUGGUAUUACUUUCACAUUCGAGUGUGAGAUAUGUAAAUCUGUUUUUCCAAGCCGCAGGGCGUUAACGAUGCACACGAAUAAGUUCCACACACAAAAGACUCAGUGUGAACUUUGCAAGAAGAGUUUUAGUUGUGUUACAACUUUGAAGAAACAUAUGGUCUCUCAUACUGGAGAGAAGAAUUUUGUGUGUAGCUUGUGCCAGAAAGCUUAUAGACACCAGAAAAGCUUGAAACAACACAUGACUAGUCACGUGAAUGGCGGAAAUUACAAUAAGUUUACCUGUUCUGAAUGUGGAAAUGGCUUUUUGAACAGAAACGAGUUUAAUAAGCAUGUAAAAGAUUGGCAUUCGCGAUGUUACUUUGCUUUUGAUGAGAAUCCACCAAAUUGA